UGUAUGACUCAAGGAAAGAAUAAGAAAUUAGGAAAGAAGAAGGGAUAAAAAAAGACCAUUGACCCAUUGGCUAGAAAGGAAUGGUUUGAAUUAACUGCCCCUGUCCCCUUCAGCGCUGGUGGAUUUGGCUAUACUUGCAUCAAUAAAUCUGCAGGAACAGGUAAUUAAUUAUAAUAAACCCUUUAGUUGUGGCCACUGAAGCCAUUAAAGGACGUGUAGUUGAGGCAUCCUUAGCUGAUCUUUAAGGAUAAUCAGAUCAAAUGGCAUGGAGAAAAGUCAAAUUAGUUAUUGAUGAUGUUGAAGGUACAAGAUGCAGAACUUCUUUCUAUGGCCUUGAUUCAACAAAGGAUAAGAUCUUUGGAAUGAUUAAAAAGCGAUAAACUUUGAUUGAGGUACUUUAAAAUUCAUAAUUUUUAAUUAGACUUAAGUUGAAGCCAGAUCAUCAGAUGGAUAUAUUUUGAGAAUAUUUGUCAUUGCAUUCACCAAGAGUAUUAAAAAUCAAUAAAGAAAAACCACUUAUGCUUAAAGAAGUUAAAUCAAAGAUAUUAGAAAGAAGAUUGUUGAGAUAGUCCUCAAGGAAGUCUCCAAGAAAAGCAUCACUUAAUUACUUAAUUUUUUCAAUCAAGAAACUCUUUCAAAAGAAAUUGGAAAGGCAACAAGAGGUAUUUUCCCACUCUAAAACAUUACAUUAAGAAAAGUAAAGUUGGUUAAGAGACCCAAGGUUGAUGGUAAUAUUUUUCAUUUAAAUGUUUAGCUCAAAAAUUGAGAGAAUUCUAUGAUGAUUCCCAAAGAUCCAAAGGUACAAUUAGAAGACACGGUCAAGCAGAAGACUAAACUGCUUUAAAUCUUAUCAAAUAAGGACAAAUAGAUAAGGAAUAAACAGAAUAAAAAUAAGAAUGAU